AUCUUUUCAUUUGCCCAGCCUCAGGUUUGAUUGAUUAUUCCUUCUAUAAAAAAAAACCAAUAGCAGGUGAAGCCAAAAACCUAAAGCAAGACUACGUGCAGGAGGCGGGGCUGGGCGGAGUCCAGCCAAACCUUAAGUAACCUAGUAACCACCGAGUCCUCCCACAGAGUGGGGCUAGAGUGGCAGGGCUCCGGCGCGCUCCCGGAAGCGGGCCUGGGAGGAGGCGGAAACGGAAAGCUAAUUACGGGAGAAGUUGUUGCAGCGUGUAGAGAUUGGAGUCGUCGGGUGAGCUGGUGGGGCUCCGGGCGGCAGAGGUCAGUUCCGGGCCGCAGGGCGGGAGAGCCAGGAGGGGUGCGUGGGCACGACCCGGGAUCUGAGGUGCCCAAGAGGGCGAGGUUCGAGGAGGCUCCGAGCGGAUCUGUCGGCCCAGAACCCACAGUCGUGCAGCCCCCAGGCUUUUUUCAUGGCGGUCAGAGCGUCGUUCGAGAACAACUGUGAGGUCGGUUGUUUUGCCAAACUCACAAACACCUACUGCCUGGUGGCCAUCGGAGGAUCGGAGAACUUUUACAGUGUGUUCGAGGGUGAGCUCUCGGAUACCAUUCCUGUGGUGCACGCAUCCAUCGCCGGCUGCCGAAUCAUCGGGCGCAUGUGUGUGGGGAACAGACAUGGGCUCCUGGUACCCAACAACACCACCGACCAGGAGCUGCAGCAUAUCCGCAACAGCCUUCCAGAUUCUGUGCAGAUACGGCGGGUAGAGGAGCGGCUCUCGGCCCUUGGCAACGUUACCACCUGCAAUGACUAUGUGGCCUUGGUCCACCCAGACUUGGACAGGGAGACAGAAGAAAUCCUGGCUGAUGUGCUCAAGGUGGAAGUCUUCCGACAGACGGUUGCUGACCAGGUGUUGGUGGGCAGCUACUGCGUGUUCAGUAAUCAGGGAGGUCUGGUGCACCCUAAAACCUCAAUCGAGGACCAGGAUGAGCUGUCCUCCCUUCUCCAGGUCCCCCUUGUGGCAGGCACUGUGAACCGCGGGAGUGAGGUGAUUGCUGCUGGGAUGGUAGUGAAUGACUGGUGUGCUUUCUGUGGUCUGGACACAACCAGCACAGAGCUGUCAGUGGUGGAGAGCGUCUUCAAGCUAAAUGAAGCCAAGCCUAGUACCAUUGCCACCAGCAUGCGGGAUUCCCUCAUUGACAGCCUCACAUGAGUCACCACCCACAUUGCCGUGUGGGCUCCUGCCUCUGGACUUUGGCUCAUUUUCCAUGCCUGAGCUAGUCUGUCCCAGAUGCUGGCAGUGGGGCAUGGCAGAGCUCACCAGAGCAGAAUUGUUGAUUGCCUAACCCUUCACCUGUGCCAUCUCUCCACUAUUGUUACUGAAAAGCCUGCUGAGUCAUGCUGGCUUUCAGUUCUUGUGGCUCUUGGAUGAAAGUUCUGCCAUCUUGUGCCCAACCCCAUUAAAGGACUGCCUCCCACCA